AUGUUUGGUUUUGGUAGCGCCAGUUGUGACGCCGUCAUCCACCGUUACCUUGCGGAGAGCGACCCUCAUGCUGCAGCACUAGAGUCCGAUCGUCUUAACAAAAACACCACCGUGAACUCUGCUAAUUUUGCAAAGCUAAGACAACAGUUAUUGGAGGCUCGGAGGCAGCUGGAGGAGGAGAAUAAACGAGCCAAAAUGAUACAACAGAGGAAACAUGAGACGAGAGGGGCUGUUCCCGCCGAGUUGUGGUGGGAGGAGGAGAUGAUGGAUCAAACUCUUAAGGAGUUAGACUUAGAGAGUUACUCUAAGGCGUUGCAUAGGCUGAAGAGUGAUGUGGAGAGGAGAGCUCAACAGAAGAUUAAGAAUCUUCCAUGCAGCUAUACGUCGCUAAUGGAUGGUAGAGUUGUCAUGGGUGAGAAUUAUAUGAAUAAUAAUAACAGCAAUAUGAAGAAUGUAGUUGGAUUUAUCAUAGUCCUGAAUUAA